CCCCGCCCCAGGCAAGUCCCUGUGUAUCUCCCCAGUCCCCUGUCACAUACACACUAACUCUAUUUAGCAGCCCUGAGCGCACGUCUCAUUCAAGUGCCGAGCCCACAGCCCAGCCUGAGGGGGGUUGCGUUGAGGGGAACUGACAAAACUGUAGCCAGGGAAUGAUUCACAGGACAGGGGCGCUUUGUUCCUGUAUAGUCCGGUUGUUGUUGCUGGAGAGUUCGGACUUCCAAGUAAGCAGCUGAAACUUGUCGGUAUGAGAAACCAGCAGGCACCUAUACUAAAAGUGAAUGGUUUCUACCCGGAGAUAGAACCUUUGUGCAGAGGCGGCGCAUACCAAGAGAAAUCGGGGGGAUCCCAGGCACCCAGCAUGUGUGUUGCAGCAGCAGAGCAGGGGAGUGAGCUGGCCCCCACUUGCCAGUUGGAGUGCGGGAAAUUCAAGGAGAGCCCAAAAGAGAAAGUAUUGCUUUGUCAGCCAGUGUUUGUUCUGGACAAGGAGAGACCAAUCAAGAGACCCGCAGUGGAUCUUACCUUGAAUCCUCAGCAAAAUGCUCACUGUGUGUUUCCUGCCAGCCUCACUGUGUUUCCCGACAAGAGAGAGCGUGCCUCCUCAUUUACUUACAGACCCAACACUUCCCCACCCCAUACAGACAAUAAUGAGUCGGAGAAACGUGUCCGCUCAUCUUCAUUUAGCUUUCUGUCCUCCUUCCCUCCAUCCCCAUCAGAUCUAAGGAAAAAUGUGUUUACACCUUCCAGUUUGCUACAGGAUCACUCUGUAAUCGUCACAUCCAGCCCAGGGAAGUCCCAGACAUGGGCAGUUAUCAAGCCGGCCACCCUACAGGCGCCAGAGAUCUCUCUGUGCCCAGAAGGGCAAAAUGCAGAAUGUGAGUCAGCACCGAGCCAGAUGGACAGUAAGAUGCAGCCUCAAGACAGAAACAAGUCGGCGCUGGAUAACGGCAGCAAGAUUAAGUUCGCCCCAGCGUGCAUUUUGGGCAACAAAACAAAUAGGAACCAGCCAUUUGUUCCAGGGUUUGGAGCAGACAAAAUUACUUCUGAUUUUGUCUUUGGAGAAAACAUGGAAAAACGAGUUAUGAGCCCGAGAAGAUCCCUGCGUUCCCAGAGCAGUACUGCCCAGGGGAAAUGGGAAGCAGCCUCCCCCCGGUCAGUUGCAUCUCACAGGAGCUGGCCUUAUCCAAGAAAAGCCUGCACCAGUCUCAUUGAAUCUGCUGCCGCCUACACCUCCAAGUCUAGAGUCAAGUAUGAACUGGAUCAGCUGGAAAUCAUAACAGGAGAAGAGUCUGAGCGCAAUGUAUUACAGGUAAACUGCAGGCUUUUCGUUUUAAACAAAGACACUCUGACAUGGACGGAAAGGGGUCGAGGGAACCUUCGGCUUAAUGACCUUGCAGCAAGUGACAAUGGAAUGUUCCGAUCUCGAAUAGUGAUGAGAAACCACGGCACCUUAAAACUCCUCUUAAACAGCAGGAUCUUUGAACAAAUGAAGUUAGAGAGAGCGAGUAGGAAGAGCCUGCACAUCACGGCCACCGACCUCAUGGACCACAGCCUUAAAUUUUUCCUGGUCCAGGCUAGUGUGAAAGAUGCAGGGCGUCUCUUUGCCGCCAUCCACCACCGCCUUGUCGCUCUGCGGAACUGCAGGCAACGGAAAGCUGACACUGCUCCGACUGAGGUUCCGACUGAGGCAAAGACACACUCGCUUCUCGUCAACAGUGACUCUGAAGAUGAAGAUGAAAUGACUUCCAUUCACAGUAGCCUUUCUGAACAUGAUCAGUGGAUCAGAAGGCAGCCUGUCCUGUACUCCUGACAUCCAACCCAGGAUUCCUGGCAAUUUCUGGCUUGUACAGUAAGAUGACACAGCAGUGGAGUCUAUCUGAAGGACACGUCUACUUUUUAUCAGCCAUUGAUUCCAAAUUACAUUUAAACGGAAACUAAAGAAACUGAAAUUGAAAAAAGCCGAUGUGCCAAAGACACACAAGUGACUUACAGUAAAGCAUGUUUGCAAUGUCUGAAUCGUAUGGAGACUGUGUGGUGGUUCGGGGGGCUGCUUAGACCCUUCAAAGACAUUAGCUUCCCACCACUGCUCCAUAGGACAUCUUUAUAGAAGAUUCUGACUUUCUAUAGAAACUAGUGGUGAAUUACACACUCACUUCUUGUAUAUACCUCAGAUGGGACGACUAGGACAUUCAUUCUACACUUCAGUGAAACUCGGACCAUGCAUUUCUAUUCCCAAACUCUUCACUGGAGGACCAUGGUUUCUGUUUCCCUGCGGGGGCCGCAAUUCCUUUCUCCUUCGCUAUUGCACUGGCCAAACAUAGAGGCCACUGAGGUUCUUCCACAUCCAUUUAAAUCUGGAAUUGUUUGCAUGUGUACAUAGGAAUCAAAGAAGGUACUUUAUUAAAAAGCAUGGAUAACUCAUCAUAUUGAUGGCAAAAAAUUAUUUUUGGGAUUUAAAAUAUGCCGUGAUUAUUUAUUUCUUAAUUAUUUGGAAAAAUUCAUAUACAUGAACGUUCAAUUACAAGUUUUCAUAUUCGUCCCAGUGGCUCAAAUUAAUGUAUCGAUGUGCAACUUUUGGCCUUCCUUAAUAUUAAAGGGAAACGAUCACCAUUUUUAUAUAUAUUUUCUGCAAUAAAUCUGCAGGAUUUGGAUACAAAUGAUGUCUUAAGCAUGACAUUGGGGGUUUUUAUUAUGUGCAAUGUGCAAAAAAAAC